AUGAAUGAUGAAAGAGACGCCAGGCACCUUAUUCGCGCAUAUAGUUUUGAGGCCGAGGAGCGUUUGACGUCGGAAAGUGGUGCACAUUCCCUGGCUCACAUACUGGCCGAGAACCAAGGUAGUCGAGAUGAUGCCCUAGAUCCCUGGCGGCGGUUCUUUGAACCUCCCGAGAUGAGCGAUGGCGCCAGGUACACAAAAAGAAUCAUCGAGCAAACCAGAUCGUAUGUGGCUGACAACAUAUUCAGAGAUGACAACCCGAUUACGAAAGUCCUCGCUGUGGAGACAGCUGAGCUACGCAACAAAUGGAAAGCAUUUGUAGAAUCUAGUCCGGCGGCAGACCGCCUGAAUCUCCAAACGUCUGAGCCGACCAUGGAUGGUGUGAUUGACACAGUUCAGCAAAUUCAAAAGUCAUGGGAAGCAAAGCGGGGAAAUGGCCGAUUAGCAAAGGCGAAGAGGUUUUUCCACAAGUUUUGCAGCACACUUGACUCCCACAAAUUAUUGAUCCAGAUCUUACCGUCAGGAAACGAGUAUGUGUCCAUCUUCACUGGGACACUCAACGUUGUUAUACAGGCCAGUGCCAACCAUGAAAAGGUUGCAGAAGGACUGUCAGAGGCGCUGUGUGCAAUGAGUCAACAUGUCAACGCCUGCAAGACAGACCUCGAGAUGUUCAACAUGGAAGAUAUGCAGAGUCUCAUCGCCGAACUAUAUGCUCACAUUUUUCUCCUCUUGACCAGCGUGAUGGACUGGAUGAUGAAGAAGAGGUUAAAGAGGUUAUUGGAUUCUUUCAAUGACGACUUACCAAGUGUUUUUGAAAAUGAAAUGGGAAAGAUCAAGGCUAUAUCCGACCGCAUCCGCAAUCUAGCCGCACAGAAGGCGCGAGCAGAGCUGCGGUCAACACGGAUAACUGCCGAGAGCUCUGCCAGCAUGUUGAGAGAUAUCCGCGUGGGGCUGGAAGGCGACAGACGCCACCAGGCCGAGAUGAGACACUUUGCGGAGAGCAUAUUGAGAGAACAAAUGAGAAGUUCAGAUAUGUGGGCUGCAGAGAAACGUCAUCAGCUGGCAGUCAGCAUUGUCGACAUGUUGAAAGAAGAAGCGAUUGGGUUGUUGGAGGCUAGGAGAGCGGCUCCAAACCAGAUGCGGACAUUCCAAACAGCAACUACUGCAUUAUCCCUCGGUGGAAGUGCUGAGCGAGUAACUGAGUACACCUCUGAUGGUAUUAUCAUGAUUUCCCUUCACUUGGAAGACUUCUUCCACAGAGAUCGAGUCCGACUUUCUGGGGACGAACUCAGUCCCGUGAUGAUCCAGCCAGAAGCUUACAGGUACAUCAGCGACUGGGUAAGCGCUUCUGCGCCUAAAAUAUUAUGGAUUGAAGGCGAACCUCUCGAAGCCGACGAUCUCGAUAAUCCCGUCACAAUGAUGGCUGCCAGAAUAGCGGGAAUCGCCGAAAAGACAAAGGUGCCAGUCAUAUCUUACUUUUGCGAGCUGCGCAGAGGCGAGAAAUUGCGACCUGGCAAUGAUUCAAAGGAAACGCAGGCGAUGCUGUCACUGGUUUACGCACUUAUACGACAGCUGAUUGAACUGCUCCCACCAGUGCUGGAAACAAGCGCGGAUCUUACAGAGAGUCGAUUUCAAUCUCUCGACGGAUCACUAGCCACGUGGAGUUCGGCAACAUCGAUUCUUGCGGAGCUCAUCGCACUCAUGCCUGGCCCGGUGUUCUGUAUCAUUGACGCGUUCCACUGGCUAAACGACCGAAGCACUGGGAACUACCUUUCUGACCUUCUCAGGGUACUGCGCGGUAAUAACAUGAAGGUAUUGCUGUUUACAACGGGAAGGUCUGUGGCUUUGCGAGAUGAGUUGUUGAGGUCGGAAACAUUCUCGCUUGAUGCAAGACAAUCAUUCAGGCAUGGUGUUGCACUGGAUAGACAAAGCUUAAGUGGAAUUAGCGGCGGGGAGACUACACCGCUAUAUAGCCUGAAAGGCGGCGCACAGUAA